CUCGAGAGUCGAUAGACGCGCAUCAGAACGCGAUGAAAGACGUCGCAGCCAUCAAACUCAGAGACCCGCUCGUGUUGAACGAGAAGAUCUUUUCAUUGAGCGGUGUUUGGCCACAGCAACGCACCCGCAUAUUAUUGAAAUUCACGGUGAUAUAUCUUGGUCUGCACGUGUUUAUGGAAUAUUGGGAUCUGAUGGAUGUCCUCGGCGAUCUCGACAUGACGGUAAUAAACAUCUUGGAAACAAUGGUAGCGACGUCGACGUAUCUCGGUCUUCUUAUAGUAAUUAGGCGUAGCAAGCAAUUGGAGGAAGUGAUUGUCGCGAUGAAGAGAGAAAUCGCGGAUGAUAAGACCUUCGAAAACAUCGAGGAGAAGCGUUUGUAUAUGAGCUACAACAUCAUCUGUUGUCGUUUCGGCAAAUGCGCGACGAUAGCAUCGUUCGUCACGAUCGCUCUUAUGUAUUGCCGUCCUCUGAUAGAUUUGCUCGCUUCUUCUGAUCUAGGUAACGGUACUAUUCCCUACGUGUUGCCUUUUCGGGCUCAUCUCAUCUUUGACUACAAGAAACCUCCACUCUAUGCUCUCGUAUACCUGUACCAACUUCCUGUCACUUACAUACCCAUGUAUCAUGUAGCCGAGGUUAGUUUCAUAGUAAACACGGUGCUACACCUCUGCGCCAAAUUAUCGAUACUGUCCUAUCGUAUACGAAAUAUAGGAGUGAAAUCAUCUCGAUCAUUCCAAGAUGGCAUUAGACAGUCGGUGACGAUGCAUUUGGAGCUAACCAGGUUAUCGAAUACAUUAAACGGGAGCUUUUAUGUGAUCCUUCUGCUAGAACUCAUGAGCUGCGGCUUCAGGCUGGGUCUAGCAUUGUACGUUGUACUCAUUAAAAUCUCCACCGAACCGGUGGUUGCGUACAAUUUCCUUGUGCACGCCGCCGAUGUCGCUGCAUACUUGUACUUGUAUUCCUACAUCGGCGAACAACUAAUGUACGAGUCUCGGAUGGUGGGCGAAGCAUUCUACGAUAUCAAUUGGCCUGAAGUGGCAAGCAACGACAGAAAAGCUUUGUUGAUGUGCAUGAUGAACGGGCAAAGAACCAUGUACAUUACAGCUGGAAAAUCUUAUACUUUCUCGCUGUUCGGUUUUACUGGCAUUGUCAGAACUUCUAUGGCGUGUCUCUCCAUGCUGCGAGCCAAAAUGUAACCGGACGAUGGAUAAUAGCAUUACAAAAAUUUUCGACCAGAACGAGAGUACUGUGUCUUGUACAUUGUAAUAUAUGAUGUUUUAAAAAUUCGUUAAUGUAAGAUUACUAACCACUUUCCGUUGAUAAGCUUGGAAAGAACGCAGUAACAAAUACAGAUCUAUAUUUAAUAACGCAUUUCCAUAAAAAUUGUCUUGUGACUUUCAUUGUGAAGUUAAGAAUGUUGUUAUUAAAUGAAGAGUUUGCAUUCUUAAUUCACCUGUGAUAGUAGACAGGAUUAUU